AUGCCCGCGGAGCGCUUCGCAAAAGGAGUGCCCGAGUCGCUGGACUGGGCUUCCCUGAUGACGGUGCUUUUCCAGCCUUGUCACCAGGCUGUGCUGCUGCACACUUCAGAUCAACAAACACCAGGUCCAGCCGCGCACCUGCCAAGAAAGGAGGUCUUGACCCUCCGGCGCUGCCCUGAAGAUACAGGGCCAGCACAAGCCAGAGGCGUGCUGCCCAUUGGCAUGGUUUCCCAGAAAGGCAACAAGAUGCAGCCCAACCAAGACUCUGCGUUCUACUUCCAAUUCGUGGAUUCCGACGGUUCACCUGUCUGGUGUGCUUGCGUCCUAGAUGGCCAUGGACCUCUGGGGCACGAGAUGUCCACCUUGGGCAUGCAAUGGCUCCCGUUGUUGAUCCUGAGGGAGCCCUUGCUGGCCACGGACGCUGGGCGCUUGAUCCCUUCUGACCCGCAGACCGUUUUCACCGCAAUCGAGGCAGCUUUCCAAAAAAUUGGACAGCUUAUGCAGAAGGCCUCUGAGACCGGCUGGGGACCUCGCGGGUACAGCGGUGCCACCUGCACUCUGGCAUUUUGCGCCCAUGGCCUGCUGCACACAGCAAACGUCGGCGACUCGCGCAUGAUUCUGGGCACCAUGCCGGUGGCGGCUGCAGCAGGGGAGUCAGCAGAGUCAACGGGCUGCCAAACUGAUUGUCGGGUCCUCACCCGUGACCACAAGCCCGAGGACCCGAAUGAACGUCUGCGCAUCGAGGAGUUGGGCGGAAUCGUGGCGCGGCAGAGAGUUUAUUUGGACGAGUGGCCGUACGUUGGCUUGAACAUGUCGAGGAGCUUGGGCGAUGCGAAGCUGCAUGCUGUUGGUGUCUCCCACGUACCUGACGUCGCGACCGUAUUCCUGGAAAGUGCGGGGCAGUCCCCGCAGGGCGCGGUGAAACAGCAAUUUCUGGUUGCUGCUUCCGACGGUGUUUGGGAUUUCACUCCCUGCGAUGAAGCAGCCGAGCUCGUUGGACGGGAGCUGAGAAAAAGAACAAGGACAAAGGGCAUCCUGGAUGAGGUUUGUGCAGCCCUGGUCUGUCAUGCGCAGGCACAAUGGGAGGCCGAGUGUCCAGACCUUGAUGAUAUCACGGUGAUAGUGGUAUCCAUAGAGCCAGGACCUUGCAAAUCAUGA